AUGAUGAACUUGGAUCCUGUGCCUUCGUCAUCACCGGGAUUUAGUACACCUAUUCAUCACAUACGGCCAAACAAAGUUAAUCCCAUCCCAGCGAGAACAUCUAUACUUCCCAUAUUACUUCCCGCCGGCACACUUCGACCUGUCGCAUUCCGAACUUUCACCAGGAAGCACAACUUAACGCUGUCAUCGUCUGCUCUUCAAUCCCUAGCUGCUUUUGUGGGCAAGAGCUGUGGAUCAGGAUGGCGCGAAGAAGGUCUUGCAGAGCGUGUACUCGACGAGGUAGCAAAGAGUUGGAGAAAAGCCGGUGGGGGUGUCAUCGUCGAGGAGGGUAAGGGAGCGUCUUUGAAAGCCAUACUACAGACAUUAGAAGGGAACAUGAGCGGCGGCAGGAUAAUCGAUUCGAAGCUUGUGUCAAAGGAAGGAUCCAUACGAACCCCACGCACUGGUGGAAUUCCUAGCUUGCAACCCUCCACUUCGACGACCACGGACGACCAAGAACAAGACAAUUCAGAUGAUACGGUGACCCAUCCAAGGCACUGGCUCAAGGUGAUUGAUGCCUUUGAUACUCCAAGAUUGACCUACAAUUCUGGAAAAAAACAUUUUGAGGUCACAAAAUCAAAGUCCUCCUUAUUUCCCCAGCCUUCACAUAAAACCGUCCUAUUUAGAGAUCGAUAUAAUAUUGUCCACCAGCGCCUGCUACGAAACGAAUCAUUCCAGGUUUCGCUAGCUUCUGCCUCGGUACCUACGUUACAGCGGUCCUCGUCCUCAUUUGCCAAAACUCAGUGCUACAAACUUACCCCUGUUGCGAAUCUACUUGGAAGAAGCGGAACAUCUCAUCUGUUAAUUGGCCUACUUUCUAUAUCACCCACGGGCGAAUUAUCUCUCACCGACUUGACGGGCAGUAUUGUCUUGGAUCUUAGCCAUGCCCGCCUAAUUCCUGUGGAUGGUGCCUGGCUCACACCAGGUAUGUUUGUGCUCGUCGACGGGAUUUAUGAAGAGGAAGAGAAUGUCAAGGGUUCUACGUUGGGCGGCAACAACGGGAUUGGAGGUGCGAUAGGGGGUAAAUUCGUCGGAGUUACCAUUUGUGGUCCCCCUUGUGAGCGGCGAGGUACAUCCCUCGGGGUUAAUAUCCAUGAAGGGGGUCAGGACAUAAACUCGAGCGGCGAGUUUGGCUGGGUUGAUUUCCUAGGAGUCGGGAGUGAGCGUGCUCAAGGUUCCCGUAUGAGGCAAAUUCAGACGAGAUGUCUACAAGAGGCUCACGACGGAAUCCAGUUGAAUCGUCGGUUCAAGAUUGUCAUCAUGGGAGAAGUUAAUCUUGACAACAUGAAGACCAUGGAUGCCUUGAGGAAAGUCCUUGGUCUGUACAAUGACUCGGCCCUGCAGGAUCGCCCUAUGGCAUUUGUUCUGAUUGGGAACUUUGUUCAGAAAGCAAUAAUAAAUGGCGGGGGCCAGGGUGGAAGCAUCGAAUACAAGGAAUAUUUUGACAUGCUGGCGUCGGUGUUGUCCGAUUUUCCCUCAUUGCUGCAGCGGUCAACGUUCAUAUUCGUCCCUGGUGACAAUGAUCCUUGGUCUUCGGCAUUUUCAGCAGGUGCUACUUCGGCAAUGCCGCGCCAUGCGGUUCCCGAUUUAUUUACAUCCAGAGUAAAACGUGCCUUUGCAAAUGCGAACUCUCAGUUGGAUCGAAACCAAAUAUCGGAGCCACCUGGGGAGGCUAUAUGGACUACCAACCCGUCACGUAUCUCUCUAUUUGGCCCAGUUCAUGACAUUGCUAUUCUUCGCGACAACAUCUCUAGCCGCCUGAGGCGAAAUGCGCUGACUUUUGGGCUCAAACCCACCGAUAUGGACGGCCCAAAUAGUAAUUUUGAUCCAGAAGAUCAAAUCCGUGUUGUUCAAGACCAACAAGACUCUGUUAAUCCUAACCAAGCUUCUACUGCUAUGCACUCGGCCCGGAAACUUGUGAAAACAGUACUGGAUCAAGGUACCAUGUCCCCUUUCCCUCAAUCUCUGCGCCCUGUUUUGUGGGACUACGCGUCCUCUUUGCAGUUGUACCCUUUGCCCACCACAUUUAUCCUAGCGGAUUCUGAAAGUGCCCCAUUCGGCGUGACAUACGAAGGUUGCCAUGUGAUGAAUCCAGGACGGUUCCUUCCGGAAGGCGAUUUGUCGUCUAUGACAUGGAUCGAGUAUGAUAUCCUGAAAAAUCGAGGCCGAGUGAAGGUGGAUCGUUUUAGGUAA